AAGAGAAGAAGCAAUUGCAGCAUCUCGGACAGCUGAAGAGAACGAAGGGGGAAAAAAAAAAUUAAACAGAACGUCUCCAACAUUUGACGAGGAGGGAAGAGAAGAGCAAAUGGGAUCGAUGAUGAACAGGCGAGCGCGGUUUCGCGGUUUCGCGCCUGAGAAUCGUCUUCGCCGACGCGAAUCUCUCCGCCAUUCCGUUAUCACAACAGACUUCUUCUCCGUCGCGAAUCGCUCACAGAUCAAUCCGCCGAUCGAGCAAGUUGCAAUAUCGUCUUCUUCGUCGUCGUCAAAUCAGAGUCAAACUCGUCUUCUCCGACGUCGAGAAUCGCUUCGCAUCAGAGAUUCACAUCCACCAAUCGAUCAAGUUGCAACGUCUUCUUCUUCGUACAGUACCACGAUGGAGCCGAUCAGCUUCCAUAACCGCAAGUUGUGGAAAGGAAACGUCGCUGCUAAAAUCGGAAGUACGUCCUAUGGCAUUGGAGUUGAGGGGGAGAUUAGAGACGAGAGCAAAAAGGAGAAGCUAGGAGUUCAGCAGAUCAACGAUUCUUCAUCUUCAUUCUUCGCUAAAGCAGUUUUCGUUGCAGUGUUGGCUACAUUGGCGGGAUGCGUCGUCAAAAAACUAUGAAGAGUUUCUGUUUCUUAUUCAAUAAAAAAAAAAAAAAAAAGAGUUUCCGUUUCUUAUUCUCUUGUUGCUGCUGCUGCUCAGUGAGGACCUUGCAGCGUUGGAGAAGGAUGAUUCCAAGAAUCCUGAUGGACAGAUUCCUGGUGACAAAACUGUUGGUGGAGGUGACGAUGCUUUCAACACCUUCUUCAGCGAGACCGGUGCUGGAAAGCACGUCCCACGUCCUGUCUUUGUCGAUCUUGAACCCACUGUGAUAGACGAGGUCAG